GAUGUAUCUUGUUCUAAUUCUAUUAUUACAAACAGAAACUCUUAGGAAAAGUUCUUCUUGUCUCAGUGAGGUCACGUGAGUAACCAGAUUUUGACAAUAUCUCCAAAGCACACACAGGAUAGCUAUUCAGCACAGACCACCUGAAAUACCUAAUUCCACGUGACAGAUACAAGGAGAGAAAAGUGUAUCUGACACCUUCCUACAACAAGAUCCACCAAAGUCUGAAGAUUCAUCAUCCCAAAAGGGAAGUUCCUUAGCAAACCUCGAUACGAAGAACGUCACGCUAAGCAUGCCGGCUGGUCGGGUAUAACAACUCGAGAUUUCCCAUCUAUCGCUUCAAUGAUACCCCGCGAGCACGAUGUCGAUCCCAGCAGGUCCACGGCGACAGGGCGGCUAGAAUGCGACUCCAGAUCAAGGUGGCGGACGAUGUUACGAUACGCUUAAUCAAUCUGAAUAGCCAUGAGCACCCGGAGCCCUGGGCGAGAUGGCAUUUAAUUACAGAGAUCCGGCUAUUUGCGUCCCCAGAUCUUUCUUUUCUCGCGUACCUGAGUCGAUUGAUGAAGUUCACUCAAUGAUGCAUCAUGUUCCACCACGGGAGGGAGAUCUUCAGCUACGCUUGCGUCUUAUCUUUGCUGCUCUGGAGUGUCGCAUGCCAAAAUGAUGAUUUGGGUGUUAAGAAUGGCUAUACCACCAUUAAAACAACCAACUUUAAUGCGAAGAUUGUUCGCGACGCCCAAGUUCUCGCAUCACUGACCCCGGCUGGCAACUCAUUUGACUUUUUACCCUUCGACUUGAUAUCAGCCCGAGCCGGCAAUGGCCAAUACCACUGGGGCGACAUCACGUUCCGGUACCGCGAAGGCAGCAGCGGUGCCUGGACUGACGGCGACUCCUCUACCGCUCGGAAGGCUGUAACCUCUGUCAAAACCGGAACCGGCGUCUUAGCCGCUUCUGACCUAAAGCCAACUCUCGCAACCCUAGGGCCCCUGAACAUAACGCGUGAAUGGCUCGACGUCUCCGGAGAUCUAGGCCUGCGCUUCACGAUCGGAAACACAGGACCAUCCCCGGUGGAGCUAGGAAGUCUCGGCUUCCCCGCCGAAUUCAACAGCAUCUUCACGAACCGCGCCGCAACGGAUACUCAGCGCCUCUGCUCGCUCUCAGACCCCUACGUGGGAAGGCACGCAGGCUACAUCCGCGUAAGCCCCAUAAGCGGCACCGGCGCAGCUCUAGUCGUCACGCCCCUCGGCGACACUCCGUUAGAAGCCUACCGCAACCUAAACGAGCCCUCCUACGCCGCCACAGCCUACGGCAGCCAGACCUUUGAAGGCUUCUACGAAUGGCAAGUGCUCACCCGCGCCUGGGCCGAAAACGAAUGGGCGGGCGUGCAGCCGUGGAACACGCCGUCGUCCAAAACCCUGCAACCGGGACAGACACUGCAAUUCGGCGUGCGCUUCUCGGUAGCUAAAGGCGGGGUCCGCGAUAUCGAUGCGACGGUGCAGAAGACCGGGACGCCCGUCGCCUUCGGGGUGCCGGGGUACAUCAUCCCGCGGGGGUCGACAUCGCAGCUAUUCCUGCAAUCCAACAGCAGCGCGAUCUCUUUCUCCAGCGACCCCGUAGAAUCGCUCGCCUUCAGCCAGCUAUCCCCGGGAUCAUACGGGAUAACGCCAUCGCCGACGUUUUGGGGCAGGUCGCGGCUGACGAUCGAUUACGAGGACGGGAGGACGCAGACGGUGCAUUACCACGUGACGAAGAGCGCCGCGGACACUUUGGCGGAUAUGGGCCGUUUUAUCACGACCGAGCAGUGGUUCGAUGAUGCUUCGGAUCCGUUUGGUCGCGCGCCUUCGCCGAUGACGUAUGAUUAUGAGGAGCGUGAGAUCGUGACGCAGGACCCGCGAGUCUGGAUCUCUGGGCUUAGUGAUGAGGGGGGUGUGGGGGCGUAUCUUGCCGCGGUCGCGAAACAGGCGAUCCAGGCUGAUGCGGACGAGGUGGCGAAGCUGGAGACGUUUGUUGAUAAAGUGCUUUGGGGCACGAUCCAGACGCCGGAUUUUGCGGUGCGCAAGAGCAUUUUCUACUACCAGCCUUCGGCAGUGAAGUACACGUAUAGCUCGAGUAUAGAUUGGACGAGCUGGACGUCGUGGAAUGAGGAUAACGCGUAUGCGAUCGAUCGCGGGUAUGAUUAUGUGCAUGUUGCGGCGGCGUACUGGUCAUUAUACCGCGUUGCGCGGGCUUAUCCUGAGGUCAUUAAGAGCCAUGAUUGGAAUUGGUAUCUCAAUCAGUCGUACAGCACCGUUAUACGUGGGAUGAAGAACGAUGUUGGGUAUAACCGACUCGGACUCAUGGGGGAGACCGUUUUCGGCGAGAUCCUUACUGAUUUGACGCGGGAGGGAUUGACAUCUCAAGCCAAUACAUUGACGCAAUCUAUGAGAUCUCGAGCGGUACAGUGGGAUGGUGAGGCAGUUCCCUAUGGAAGCGAGCAGGCGUGGGACUCCACGGGCCAGGAAGGCGUUUAUUACUGGUCAAAAUACUUCGGCUUCGCAAACACAACAACCAAAACAGUCAACAGCGUGCUAGGCUACACACCCACAGUCCCCCACUGGGGCUGGAACGGUAACGCACGCAGAUACUGGGACAAUAUCUACGGCGGCAAACUCAAGCGCAUCGAGCGGCAAAUCCACCACUACGGCUCCGGCCUAAACGCACUCGUCCUCCUCUCCGCCUUCCGUAGCGACCCCUCCGACAGCUACCUCCUCCAAGUCGGAUACGGCGGAACCAGCGGUCCACUCUCCAACAUCAACGCCGCGGGUUUCGCAUCCGCGUCCUUCCACUCCUUCCCGGACACGCUGAAAUGGGACGGGUACAGCGGGGACUACGGGCCGGGUUUCCUCGGCCUAGUCCUCGGAUCCGGGACAUACGUCGCGCAACAUAAGACCUUCGGACUGCUUGCUUAUGGAGGAGUGCUUUCUGCUGAAGAUGGAGGGAGGGUGAGUGUGCAGACGAACGGGCCUGUGACGCGGCGGUUCUUUAUCGGGCCGUUGGGUUUGACGGUUACUAUUGACGCGGGCAGCGUGCGGGGUUUUAGCUAUGACGGGUCUUCUGGUGCUGUUUCGGUUACGUUGACACAGUCAGCUGGCUCGUUGAAAGCUGCGGCUGCUGUGAUGUGGGUCGAGACGAAUGAGAAGUCCGUGGCGUACAGUAUCUCGGGCUCUAAAACGAGUCGUGAGCGCUCGGGUUGGAAGAUUCCACUUACGGCUAGUGGUGAUGUAGUUGUUGAGUUGACUCGGAGUUAAGCGGGUAUUAUUCACUUCUAUAUAAUGUCGUCACCCCUGGAUCUAGUAUUAUCGCUGUCAAGUGUCGAAUCCGCGAGCAAGGUUAAAAUAUGUUGGACUAUAAGGGGUUACUUACAUCAGUUAAAGCCAUGCAGCACCUAGCAGUAGUACCAAGUACUAGGUAUCAGUCACAUCACGUAAGCAAUGCACUCA